UUUUCCCUUAUUUUUGCAAACCCAGAUCUGGGUUUUCUCUCAAACAUCAUCUUCUUCCUUUCCUUGUUCAUCCUUCUUCUUUCUUCUUCUUAUUCUUUCUCCUCUUCUCCUUUUUUCUUCCACUCUCAAAAGAAAUAUAAUCUCCUAAAAAAUAAAUCUACAAGAUAUAUAGUCUCUACAAAAAUAAAUCUAAAACUUUCCAUCACCACACUGGUAGUGUGUGCAAAACAAUUGGCUCAAUUUAGAUCUAGUAGCGGAUGUAUGUCUUUGAGCAAACUGACAACCGACUGCAUCGUGGGCCUUUUCGCAAGUGACUUCGUUGUACACAAGCACCUAACUUGGAAACUCUCCACCAUUUCAUUCAUUGAGUCAUCGCCCAGUCUCAGCCUCAAGUCCAACACCUCAAUCCCAACCCCUUCCUUCACCAACUUCCUCGCACUUCACACUCUCCUCCGUACCCUGCGUUCCCGUCAAUAGCUCUAUCAAAAUAACUCCAAAACAAUACACGUCAAAUUCGGUGCUGCUUUGGUUAUUUCCCUCAUCAUCUCUUCCUUUUCCGCACCCAAUGUUUCCAAUCCUGAUGUCGACGAUGCGUGGCUUAAGAUUAUCAAAUAGAAGGAUGUUGGAUGA